CAUCAGUCAGUUUGCACCUUCCAAGAUGAAGGGUAUCCUGGUAAUUCCGAUUCUGGCGUUUGCCAUUGCUGCUUGCGUGGCAAACCCAGCCCAAACAGUCAAACACUCGUCCGCUGAGAAGAAGUCAACCGGUGGUAAGGCCGUGGUAACGAAGGUUAUUUCCGGGGGAACUCAAACAACCGGCGGAAAUACCGUUACGAAAGUAACGACGACCACUUCCACUGCGGGAUCGCAGUCCACCGGAGGUGCUUCAUCCAAGGUUACCAAAACCACUUCAGGAUCGACUUCCACCACAGGAGGAAGUACAGUCGUGAAGCAAACCAAUUUGGGCAAACCAGCUGGAGCUAGUACCGUGGUUACGAGCUCUACAAGUUCGCAAUCUUCUUCCCAAUCAUCCAAACAUGCAUCUGGAGAGAAGAAAACCGCAGGAGCUCAAUCUCUUAAGAAAACCACCGUAACCAAGACAACAUCUACGGUUGCUACAGGAAACCAAUCCACGGGAGCAUCCUCGGCACAGGUUACCAAAACCUCUUCUGGAUCUUCCUCCACAACCGGAGGAAACUCUCAAACUUCUUCGGUUGUUACUUCCAAAGUAAUGAAAUCUUCCAAAUCGUCUAAGAACGGAUCAGGAGAAAAGAAGUCAGCUGGAGCACACACCACGGGAACUCAAAUUCUCAAGCAAUCAUCAUCGUCGCAAACUUCUGCUUCGGGUGCUCGAAUGAUCAAACGAGGAUCUGGCGAGAAGAGAUCUGCUGGAAGACAAACUCUCCAGCGAACAUCAUCAUCGCAGACAUCUGGCGGAACUCAAUCACUCAGUAAAACUUCCGUGACUAUGACUCAAGGUGAACACGGUCAUUCUGGAAAAGGACAUGGAAUGAAGAAAACCACCAUGGUUAAGACGACUUCUACGGCAAACUCGGCGAGCGCUGGUGGUAGCAACUCUGUGCAGCAAACUACAACGAACGGUGUUAGUGGAAUGAAGAAAUCUACCAAGAAGGUGAUCAAAACUACAUCAACGACUGGCACUGCUCAACAAUCAGGAGCAACUACGACGGGAGCUCAGCAAACGCAAGUGCUCAAACAAACAAGCAGUGGUUCUCAACAAUCUGGAACUGCAACAAAGGUAACUCAAACGUCAACGUCAGGAACUCAACAAAGUGGAUCGAGUACCUCAACGCAAACUACUUCAGGAUCUACCAGCAGCUCAGGAUCUAGCUCAUCUGGGAAACGAACGGUAACCAAGGUUUCCAAGAGAGUCGUUAAAAAUGUUAAGGCUGGAAAUUCAACGGCAGGAGCUGUAACUACAUCGCAGACAACAUCCUCUGGAACUCAGCAAUCUGGAUCAAGUACUGCAACGCAAGCGAUCAAGCAAACUAGCACUGGCUCGAGUUCCUCAACGCAAACUAGCUCAGGUUCUACCACCAGCACUGGAGCUAGUUCGUCUGGCAAAAGAACUGUAAUUAAGACUUCUAAACGAGUUGUGAAAAAAGUUAAAACUGGAACCUCGACGGCUGGAUCUGGAUCUACGUCAGAGACAACAUCCACUGGAACUCAACAAUCUGGAUCAAGUGCUACUACCCAGACUUCAAAGACGACCACCACUGGAACUCAACCUUCUGGAUCAAGCACAGCUACCAAGACUACCAAAACGACAACCACGACCACCAGCACUGGAACCGUACCGGCUGGAUCUAGCACUCAGGUGACCAAAUCAACAUCGACUGGAGCUCAGCAAACCGGAUCAAGCACUGCUACUCAGGUGAACAAGACUACAUCGACUGGGGCUCAGCAAACCGGAUCAAGCACAGCUACCCAGACUACGAAGAUGACCACCACUGGAACUCAACCAGCUGGAUCAAGCACAGCUACCAAGACUACCAAAACGACAACCACGACCACCAGCACUGGAACCAAACCGGCUGGAUCUAGCACUCAGGUGACCAAAUCAACAUCGACUGGAGCUCAGCAAACCGGAUCAAGCACUGCUACUCAGGUGAACAAGACUACAUCGACUGGGGCUCAGCAAACCGGAUCAAGCACAGCUACCCAGACUACGAAGAUGACCACCACUGGAACUCAACCAGCUGGAUCAAGCACUGCUACCCAGACUAAGAAGACGACCACCACUGGAACUCAACCAGCUGGAUCAAGCACUGCUACCCAGACUACCAAAACGACAACCACGACCACCAGCACUGGAACCAAACCGGCUGGAUCUAGCACUCAGGUGACCAAAUCAACAUCGACUGGAGCUCAGCAAACCGGAUCAAGCACUGCUACUCAGGUGAACAAGACUACAUCGACUGGGGCUCAGCAAACCGGAUCAAGCACAGCUACCCAGACUACGAAGACGACCACCACUGGAACUCAACCAGCUGGAUCAAGCACUGCUACCAAGACUACCAAAACGACAACCACGACCACCAGCACUGGAAUCAAACCGGCUGGAUCUAGCACUCAGGUGACCACAUCAACAUCGACUGGAGCUCAGCAAACCGGAUCAAGCACUGCUACUCAGGUGAACAAGACUACAUCGACUGGGGCUCAGCAAACCGGAUCAAGCACAGCUACCCAGACUACGAAGACGACCACCACUGGAACUCAACCAGCUGGAUCAAGCACAGCUACCAAGACUACCAAAACGACCACCACUGGAACUCAACCAGCUGGAUCAAGCACAGCUACCAAGACUACCAAAACGACAACCACGACCACCAGCACUGGAAUCAAACCGGCUGGAUCUAGCACUCAGGUGACCACAUCAACAUCGACUGGAGCUCAGCAAACCGGAUCAAGCACUGCUACUCAGGUGAACAAGACUACAUCGACUGGGGCUCAGCAAACCGGAUCAAGCACAGCUACCCAGACUACGAAGACGACCACCACUGGAACUCAACCAGCUGGAUCAAGCACAGCUACCAAGACUACCAAAACGACAACCACGACCACCAACACUGGAAUCAAACCGGCUGGAUCUAGCACUCAGGUGACCACAUCAACAUCGACUGGAGCUCAGCAAACCGGAUCAAGCACUGCUACUCAGGUGAACAAGACUACAUCGACUGGGGCUCAGCAAACCGGAUCAAGCACAGCUACCAAGACUACCAAAACGACAACCACGACCACCAGCACUGGAACCAAACCGGCUGGAUCUAGCACUCAGGUGACCACAUCAACAUCGACUGGAGCUCAGCAAACCGGAUCAAGCACUGCUACUCAGGUGAACAAGACUACAUCGACUGGGGCUCAGCAAACCGGAUCAAGCACAGCUACCCAGACUACGAAGACGACCACCACUGGAACUCAACCAGCUGGAUCAAGCACAGCUACCAAGACUACCAAAACGACAACCACGACCACCAGCACUGGAAUCAAACCGGCUGGAUCUAGCACUCAGGUGACCACAUCAACAUCGACUGGAGCUCAGCAAACCGGAUCAAGCACUGCUACUCAGGUGAACAAGACUACAUCGACUGGGGCUCAGCAAACCGGAUCAAGCACAGCUACCAAGACUACCAAAACGACAACCACGACCACCAGCACUGGAACCAAACCGGCUGGAUCUAGCACUCAGGUGACCAAAUCAACAUCGACUGGAGCUCAGCAAACCGGAUCAAGCACUGCUACUCAGGUGAACAAGACUACAUCGACUGGGGCUCAGCAAACCGGAUCAAGCACAGCUACCCAGACUACGAAGACGACCACCACUGGAACUCAACCAGCUGGAUCAAGCACAGCUACCAAGACUACCAAAACGACAACCACGACCACCAGCACUGGAACCAAACCGGCUGGAUCUAGCACUCAGGUGACCAAAUCAACAUCGACUGGAGCUCAGCAAACCGGAUCAAGCACUGCUACCCAGGUUACCAAGCAAACCACCACUGGAUCGACCACCAGUACCAAAUCAUCUGGAGCAAGUACCGCGACCAAGGCUACAAAGACAACUUCUACGAGCACGCAAACAACUGGUGGAAGCAAGGUGACGAAGACCGCUAGCGGAAGCAAGCAAACUGGCUCAAGUACUGCAACAAGCACGGUUACCAAGGUAACUAAGCAAACUUCUACAGGAACGCAAACAGCCGCGUCGAAGAAAACGGUUGGAGGUGAUAGAACAAUUACCCUGGUUCUGAAGGAGAUUAGAACAGGAAAGUCUUCCUCUUCGGCAUCCAAGUCCAAGAAGGUGUCCAAGUCUUCGGGAAGUAAGAAAAUUACUGUUGGUAAACAGGAUGAGCAUUUCGAAGGAAGCAUUACUCUGAAACGAAUCAAGUCUUCAUCUGGAGUCAAAACUACCGGAGAGCGUUCGAUUGGAAGCUACAAAUCGCAUUCCGAGAGAAGGAAGGUUGUUGAAGAACAUCACGAGAGGAGACACGAUUCCCAAGAUCAGUUCGAAGGUAAAUUUGCGCUCAAGAAGGUUCAAUCGGCCAAGGGCAAGAAGACUUGCGACUGUGGCAAGCAAGAGUUCGGAAAGCAUUCCAGAGAUGAGCACGAGCACUACGAAGCUAAGUUUGCCCUUAAGAAAACGCACUCGAGAAAAUUGUCCGAAGAGGAGUCCGAGGGAAGCUUCGAGUCGCAGGAGCGACAUGGAGAAAGAAGGCUGUCCGAGGAGUACUACGGAAGAGGACAUGAAUCAUAUGACCACUCCGGUGAAUAUCGUGCCCAUAGACGUUCGGAGUCUGCAAGAGACUACCAUGGAUCUGGAAGACGCUUCAGUGGAAAACACCGUUCGACUGGACACUACAGAGACUGGCAAUCGUCUGAGGAGGAAUACGGAAGAAGACGGUCUUCGAGCCGUUCGUCUGGAAGGCAAUCUGCUGGAAAUGGGUUUGGUGGAAAUGGUUUCGGUGGAAUCAUGAUUGUUAACCAGCCUGGUGUUUACAAUGCCUGAGUCGAUCGGUGAUUUUACUUUUCAUGCAGUUCUGAAUUGUUGUCUUUUCUAUUAAACUCUAUCUUUUUCUUUUCUUUUAAUAAAAUUUCUUCAAAUCAAGCAAGUA